GUAGUCUCCUGGAAGAUUCCUGAAGAUCUGCUCAGGCUGUAGGAUCUGGUUUCUGGAACCCUGAGACAAGUCAAUGCAGUCAGGCGGAAGAGAGAGCAGCAGGAUGAACGCUCACUGAGCCAGCACUGAAAACGUUUAAAAAUACAUCUUGGACAGCACAGACUUUACAAAGAUUGCGGUGGUUUUAUUCCCCACCAACCCUACACACACACCAUGACGUCCUCUAUGCUCCGCCGACAGCUGAAGAACCUGGUCCAGAACUACUCUGAGGCUGAGGUCAAGGUGAGAGAGGCGACUUCUAAUGACCCAUGGGGCCCAUCCAGCACUCAGAUGGCAGACCUCUCUGAUCUGACCUACAAUGUGGUAGCCUGCAACGAGAUCAUGACAAUGCUCUGGAGGCGUCUGAAAGACGACAAGAACUGGAGACACAUCCACAAGUCCCUGACACUGUUGGAGUACCUGUUAAAGACCGGGGACGACCGCGUGCUUCUGCAAAUGAAAGACAACAUCUACAUCGUCAAAGCUCUCACAGAGUAUCGCUUUAUAGAAAAGGAUGGCAAAGAUCAG